GACAAACAAACCACAACCUCACGGUCCUCACCUUCCUUCUCAAGCUUCCAACAAGCUCAAGCAGCAUUCAAACUCCUGCUCUCACAAUACAAGCUCUCUACCAAUUCAGAGCCAUUGUACCAAUAAUACCACCCUCAACCGACGAAUAAAAAUCCCAAUGGCCUCCACAACAUUCACCCUCGCCCGAACGACGCUCACCCGCAGCUCCCCGAUCCUCCGCCGGGCAGCACUACCACUCAGCCUAGGCCUCGCCUCGGGCCUCAUCGCGGUACACAGCCAGCGGCCGCUGCGAUUCGACGCUCAGCCAGUCAUGGCCGGGCAGUCCCGGGCUUUCUCGAGCCGGGGACAAGAAGAAAGUCCAAGGAGGCGUGACGGUCUCAACUCAAACACCGUCAGCCAGCUAUCCGGGGGCAGUUUAUCAGGUUUCGUGGCUGGUGUUCUAGUAAGCGUAUUCUCCAAAACGCUCGUCCUGCUGGCAGGCAUCGCAAUGGUACUCGUCCAGGUGGCCCAGAGAAACGGGAUAGACCUGAUCUCGCAUUUCAAGCUCAAGCAGCGCCUCCAAUCGUCUCGUAUCCUGGCAGCGCUCAACCGGCAUACCGCUUUCAGGCUCUCAUUUGCCGUCGCCUUCACCCUUUCGGCCUUUAUGUCCUUCUAA